AUGAUUCGGAAACAAGCUCGCCAAAGGCGAGACUACCUAUAUAGGCGCGCGUUGAUGCUCAAGGAGGCAGAAACGAAUGAGAAAAGAGCUGCUCUCAAAUCUGCGCUUGCCUCGGGAAAACCACUUGACCCAUCUGUUGCCAAGGAUAAGUCUCUGCGAAAAGACUACCAAUACGAUGAAGCUCGUCCGGAUCUCAGCAUCAACGAGGAAAUGGACUUGGAUGACGAGUACUCGCAAUUAAGCGGAAUCCAAGACCCCAGAAUUCUUGUUACGACCAGUAGAGAUCCUUCGAGUCGUCUGGCAGCAUUCAGCAAGGAGAUCAGAUUGCUCCUUCCUACGUCGGUCCGCCUCAAUCGUGGAAAUCUCAUUCUGCCGGACCUUGUUCAGUCGUGCAAAUCGAACGCUUUAAGCGAUAUCGUCCUGCUACAUGAACACCGUGGAAACCCCACUGCUCUGACCAUUUCUCAUCUGCCCCACGGCCCAACAGUCUCAUUUUCACUGCAUAACGUAGUUCUUCGACAUGAUAUUCCCGGUUCCAUUCGAGGUAGUGUCUCCGAGGCGUACCCUCAUCUCAUAUUUGAGGGAUUUAAAAGUCGUCUUGGACAACGUAUUGUCAAGGUGCUGAAGCACCUUUUCCCUCCACGCGACCCCAUUACCAGCAAGGCCAAGAUGGGCAACCGGGUUGUUACAUUUGUGAACAACGAGGACAGUAUUGAGGUCCGACACCACGUUUUUGUUCGCACCUCAUAUGAUUCUGUUGAACUUGCCGAGGUUGGACCCCGUAUGACGAUGAGGCCGUUUGAAAUCCGUGGCGGCACACUCGAGAACAAGGAAGGAGACGUCGAGUGGCACUUGACCCAAUAUACUCGUACAGGCAGAAAGAAGGAAUACUUGUGA